CACUGGGGGCCAGCCCGAGGAACAGGCUGCCAUGCAGCAGCCCCUGAAUUACCCAUACCCCCAAAUCUACUGGGUGGACAGCAGGGCCAGUUCUCCCUGGGGCCCUCCAGGGUCGGUCCUCCCUUGUCCAUCCUCUGUGCCAGGAAGGCCUGGACAAAGGAGGCCGCCACCGCCGCCACCACCAACACUACCACCACCGCCACCGCCACCACCACUGCCCCCACUGCCAUUGCCACCUCUGAAGACGAGGAGGGACCACAACACAGGGCUGUGUCUUCUUGUGAUGUUUUUCAUGGUUCUGGUGGCCCUGGUUGGACUGGGGCUGGGGAUGUUUCAGCUCUUCCACCUCCAGAAGGAGCUGGCUGAACUCAGAGAGUCCACCAGCCAAAAGCAUGUAGCAUCAUCUUUGGAGAAGCAAAUAGGUCAACUCAAUCCACCCUCUGAAAAAAGGGAGCUGAGAAAAGUGGCCCAUUUAACAGGCAAGCCCAACUCAAGAUCCAUCCCUCUGGAAUGGGAAGACACAUAUGGAAUUGCCCUUGUCUCUGGGGUGAAGUAUAAGAAGGGUGGCCUUGUGAUCAAUGACACUGGGAUGUACUUUGUAUAUUCCAAAGUGAACUUCAGGGGUCAGUCCUGCAACAACCAACCCCUGAACCACAAGGUCUACAUGAGGAACUCUAAGUAUCCCCAGGACCUGGUGCUGAUGGAAGGGAAGAUGAUGAACUACUGCACUACUGGCCAGAUGUGGGCCCGCAGCAGCUACCUGGGGGCAGUAUUCAAUCUCACCAGUGCUGACCAUUUAUAUGUCAAUGUAUCUGAAUUAUCUCUGGUCAGUUUUGAGGAAUCUAAGACAUUUUUUGGCUUAUAUAAGCUCUAAGAAAAGCACUUUGGGAUUCUCUCCAUAUGGUUCCUU